CACUUUUUGGUUUUUUCCUUUCCCUCAUAUAAAACCCAAGAAUUUAGGCCAAAUUCAGCUGAAAACUGCUCAUCAUUCAUCACUCUCAAACUCCCAAAGGAGAGAGAAAAUCUCACUUCUACCACUUUAACAUUCUUCUCUUCGAGUGGUUCUUUAAAUUUUCUCUUCUUUUUUCAUCAUCCUCUUCUUUACUUUCUCUCUCUUCCACAAACCUUUUCUCUCUUGUUUUGAGGUUUCAUUCAUUGAUCAUUAUUCAUUAAUGGCGCUACAAUCGGCGCCCAAACUUCUCUACUAUUCGCCUUCGGCUUUCUCUGCUAAUGAACGCCUUGUUUUUGCUGAUUUCGUCCGGAUUUCUAAAAAGCGUUCUCGUCGUCGAAGAAUCUCUGGUGGUUCCAGAAACUUUUCGGCUUUUUCUGCCAUUUCUUCGAGUGUUAAAGCUGUGAUUGAUUUUGAUCGUGUUAGUUGUAAUGAUUCUGCUAUUCCUAGAGAAUCCACUUCUUCUCGGAACUUUGACCAGCAGGUUGUAAAUUUGGAGGAUAUACUCGCUGAGAAAGGAGCUUGUGGUGUUGGAUUUAUUGCCAAUCUAGAUAAUAAGGGCUCACACCAGAUAGUUAGUGAUGCUCUUACUGCGCUUGGCUGCAUGGAGCACCGAGGGGGAUGUGGGUCAGAUAAUGAUUCAGGUGAUGGUUCAGGAGUAAUGACUGCGAUUCCCUGGGAUCUCUUUGAUGAUUGGGCCAAAGACCAAGGUUUUGAACCCUUUGAUCGGUCGCACACCGGUGUUGGAAUGGUUUUUCUUCCUAAAGAUGAUCUCCUUGCAGAAGAAGCCAAAAGAGUUGUUCUAGAUACUUUUGCUCAAGAAGGUCUUGAGGUGAUUGGUUGGAGGUCUGUCCCCAUAAAUGUUCUUGUUGUUGGUCGGAAUGCUAAAGAAACCAUGCCUAAGAUACAACAAGUCUUUGUUAGAGUUAUAAAAGAAGAAAGUGUUGAUGAUAUCGAAAGAGAGUUCUACAUUUGCCGAAAAUUGAUAGAAAGAGCUGCAAGUUCUGAACCCUGGGCAACCGACCUUUACUUUUGCUCCUUAUCUAAUCAGACUAUUAUUUACAAGGGAAUGCUGCGCUCAGAGGUUCUUGGAAUGUUUUACUAUGAUCUUCAGAAUGAACGUUACUCUUCACCAUUUGCCAUUUACCAUCGGAGGUACAGCACAAACACUAGUCCUAGGUGGCCACUUGCCCAACCAAUGAGGUUUCUUGGUCAUAAUGGGGAGAUCAAUACCAUACAGGGCAACUUGAACUGGAUGCGAUCUCGAGAGACAUCAUUACAGUCACCUGUUUGGCGUGGCCGUGAAAAUGAAAUUCGUCCUUAUGGAAAUCCCAUGGCAUCUGAUUCUGCUAAUCUUGAUAGUGCAGCAGAGUUGCUGAUAAGAAGUGGCCGUGCUCCAGAGGAAGCAUUAAUGAUUCUUGUCCCAGAGGCAUAUAAGAAUCAUCCAACCUUGUCGAUAAAAUACCCCAUGGUUGCGGACUUCUAUGAUUAUUACAAGGGGCAGAUGGAAGCUUGGGAUGGGCCUGCCUUGCUGUUAUUCAGUGAUGGAAAAACUGUUGGUGCUUGUCUCGAUCGAAAUGGCCUUCGUCCAGCUAGAUACUGGCGCACAGUGGACAAUGUCGUUUAUGUCGCAUCUGAGGUGGGAGUUCUACCAAUGGAUGAAUCAAAAGUUACAAUGAAAGGCCGUUUGGGUCCAGGGAUGAUGAUAUCAGUUGAUCUGCUUAGUAGUCAGGUUUACGAGAAUACUGAGGUCAAGAAACGGGUAGCAUCAUCAAAUCCUUAUGGAAAGUGGAUAAAGGAACAUAUGCGUUCAUUGCAGGCUGCAAAAUUCCGUUCAGGAGCAGAUUUGGAAAACGAUGCGAUCCUAAGAUACCAACAGGCAUUUGGUUAUUCGAGUGAGGAUGUCCAAAUGGUUAUCGAAAGUAUGGCUUCCCAAGGAAAAGAACCUACAUUUUGCAUGGGUGAUGAUAUUCCUCUGGCUGUCAUGUCUCAGAAGCCACACAUGCUUUAUGAUUACUUCAAGCAGCGAUUUGCCCAGGUUACAAAUCCAGCUAUUGAUCCACUAAGGGAAGGAUUAGUAAUGUCUCUUGAGGUUAAUAUUGGUAAACGUGGGAAUAUAUUGGAGGUUGGACCUGAAAAUGCAUCACAGGUUAAUUUGGCCAGUCCUGUACUAAAUGAAGGGGAGCUUGAAGCUUUGAAAAGCGAUCCCUUGCUGAAGGCCCAAGUACUGCCAACCUUUUUUGACAUAAGGAAAGGAGUUGAAGGCUCUUUAGAGAAAAGACUUGAUCGAUUAUGUGAGGCUGCUGAUGAAGCUGUUAGAAAUGGUUCCCAGCUACUUAUUCUGUCUGACCAUUCUGAUGAGUUGGAAGCAACUCGACCUGCCAUUCCAAUACUCCUUGCAGUUGGUGCUGUUCACCAACAUUUAAUUCAAAAUGGUCUGAGGAUGUAUACUUCAAUUGUGGCUGAAACCGCUCAGUGUUUUAGUACCCAUCAGUUUGCUUGUUUGAUUGGAUAUGGUGCAAGUGCCAUUUGUCCGUACUUAGCAUUGGAGACAUGUAGGCAAUGGCGGUUAAGCAACAAAACCGUAAAUUUGAUGCGAUCAGGGAAAAUGCCCACAGUUACAAUCGAGCAAGCACAAAAGAAUUUUUGCAAGGCUGUUAAAUCUGGUUUGCUGAAGAUUCUUUCAAAAAUGGGUAUCUCACUGCUCUCUAGUUACUGUGGAGCUCAAAUAUUUGAGAUAUAUGGAUUGGGAAAAGAUGUUGUUGAUAUAGCUUUCAGAGGGAGCGUCUCUAACAUUGGUGGAUUGACUCUUGAUGAGCUUGCACGAGAGACAUUGUCCUUUUGGGUAAAGGCGUUCUCAGAGGAUACAGCCAAAAGACUGGAGAAUUUCGGAUUUAUACAAUUCAGGCCUGGAGGGGAAUAUCAUGUAAACAACCCCGAGAUGUCAAAGUUGAUGCACAAAGCUAUCCGCAACAAAAGUGAAAGCGCUUAUGCAGUUUAUCAGCAGCACUUGGCUAACAGGCCUGUCAGCGUGCUUCGCGAUCUUCUGGAGUUCACAAGUGACCGUGCUCCAAUUCCGGUUGGUAAAGUCGAACCUGCUACAUGUAUUGUCAAACGUUUUUGUACUGGCGGGAUGUCUCUUGGAGCUAUCUCUAGGGAAACUCAUGAAGCAAUUGCCAUUGCAAUGAAUAGGUUGGGUGGGAAAUCUAAUUCAGGAGAAGGUGGUGAGGAUCCAAUCAGAUGGCGUCCACUCUCAGAUGUGGUUGAUGGGUAUUCUCCUACACUUCCUCAUCUGAAAGGUCUUCAAAAUGGGGAUACGGCAACCAGUGCCAUCAAGCAGGUUGCUUCUGGACGUUUUGGUGUCACUCCUACAUUCUUGGUUAAUGCCGAUCAAUUGGAAAUUAAAAUUGCACAGGGUGCUAAGCCUGGUGAAGGGGGGCAAUUACCCGGAAAGAAAGUUAGUGCGUAUAUUGCUCUACUGAGGAAUUCCAAACCUGGUGUUCCCCUAAUAUCUCCACCACCACAUCAUGACAUUUAUUCCAUUGAAGAUCUUGCACAGUUAAUCUAUGAUCUUCAUCAGAUAAACCCGAAAGCCAAGGUGUCAGUAAAACUUGUAGCAGAAGCUGGUAUUGGCACAGUAGCUUCAGGUGUUGCAAAGGGUAAUGCUGACAUUAUCCAGGUAUCAGGACAUGAUGGUGGAACUGGAGCCAGCCCGAUAAGCUCUAUUAAGCAUGCUGGUGGUCCUUGGGAACUUGGACUCACGGAAACCCACCAGACCCUUAUUGCAAAUGGACUGAGAGAAAGGGUCAUUCUCAGAGUUGAUGGAGGAUUAAAAAGUGGGGUUGAUGUUAUGAUGGCUACAGCAAUGGGUGCUGAUGAGUAUGGUUUUGGUUCUUUGGCAAUGAUAGCUACUGGUUGUGUUAUGGCUCGCAUAUGUCACACUAACAACUGCCCUGUUGGUGUUGCUAGCCAGAGGGAAGAACUACGUGCCCGGUUUCCUGGCGUGCCUGGUGAUCUUGUGAAUUACUUUUUAUAUGUUGCUGAAGAGGUGAGAGGUAUCUUGGCCCAGUUGGGCUUCGAAAAGUUGGAUGAUAUAAUUGGAAGAACAGAUAUUUUGAAACCAAGAGACAUCUCUUUGAUGAAAACUCAACAUCUUGAUCUCAGCUAUAUACUCUCUAGUGUUGGUUCACCAAGUUUGAGCAGCACUGCCAUCAGGAACCAGGAAGUUCAUACCAAUGGGCCUGUGCUGGAUGAUAGAAUACUUUCCGAUCCUGAGAUUAUUGAUGCUAUUGAGAAUGAAAAGACUGUCAAUAAAACAGUUCAGAUAUUCAAUGUGGACCGUGCUGUUUGUGGCCGUAUAGCUGGUGUUGUCGCAAAGAAAUAUGGAGACACUGGUUUUGCUGGGCAGCUGAAUAUAUUAUUUACAGGAAGUGCAGGCCAAUCUUUUGCCGUCUUUUUGACACCUGGAAUGAAUAUUCGCCUUGUUGGAGAAGCUAAUGACUAUGUAGGAAAGGGUAUGGCUGGAGGUGAGUUGGUAGUUACUCCUGCAGAAAAUUCUGGAUUUUGCCCUGAAGAUGCCACAAUUGUUGGGAAUACAUGUCUAUAUGGAGCAACUGGAGGCCAAAUUUUUGUUAGAGGCAAAGCUGGGGAACGUUUUGCUGUAAGAAAUUCACUUGCUGAGGCCGUUGUUGAGGGUACUGGUGAUCAUUGCUGUGAAUAUAUGACUGGUGGUUGUGUUGUCAUACUUGGACAAGUUGGUAGAAAUGUUGCUGCAGGUAUGACUGGAGGUCUGGCAUAUAUACUUGAUGAAGACGAUACUCUCAUUCCAAAGGUAAACAAGGAAAUUGUUAAAAUACAAAGAGUGACAGCUCCUGCUGGGCAGUUGCAACUGAAGAACCUGAUUGAAGCUCAUGUUGAAAAAACGGGAAGUUCCAAAGGUGCAGCUAUUUUGAAGGAAUGGGAAAAGUUUCUGCCACUCUUUUGGCAGUUGGUUCCACCUAGUGAAGAAGACACCCCAGAGGCUUCCGCAAUUUUCGAGCAGAUGACUGAGGAGGUCACUUUACAGUCUGCAUAGGCCAUAGAGAGAACUGUUGAAUGACACUUUGCAAAUAGUUUUUGGAAUCGGAAAAAUUUUUAAGUUGGUGAAAAGCUUCAGCUUCCCCUUUUAUUGAAUAUAUAGGGAUUGAUUUUGUUGCUUGUUAAAGCCAAAUACUGCACCUCAUUCGAAUUCGACUGGCACGAGAUGAAGGUCUUCGUUUCCUCCACUUGGGACCUGAUCCAUUCAUGGUUUUCUGUGAGAACCGUAUAUAAUGCAACCCUAAAUUAUGAUAUACUUGAGUUGAAUAUCCCCUUUUUUCUUGGCCUUUAAUUGAGAUUACGGGUUCAGAUGAUCGUAUUCGCAUUGUCGUUUCUGAUUUUGUAGGUGUGCAGAUCAGACUAGCAUUGUCUGUAAAUUAUGGGUCAACUUAUCCAGAUGCUGAAUAAUUUUAUGGGAUAUAGUUCUGUUUUUUAGUGCAUGAAACUCCUGAAAUAAAAGUUUCUUGUAAUAAGAACUUAGAGAUAUUGUAAGAGAACUUAAGUUGAUUUCACUGAGUAUGUAUUUAUAUGCAUAAAUGUUGUACAUGAAAAUUGCGUAUUGUUCAAGACCUUUGUAAAAAAAUCACCAAAAGUUUUGGUGUUUUUCAUUUUUAAUAAUAUAAUUGGACAUGGAAAAACACUUUGUGAUA